AUGAGUCUUCAGUGCCAUAUAAAAAAAUCUGCCUCAUUUAACGUCAUUCGGGAUAAAUGGACCAUCUACCGCAUAUUCAUUGCCUAUAGUCGAUUUGCACCCUUACCUCUUGUUGAUACAACUGAUGCUUGUACUAAGCUCGGAAAUAGCUCUCGCAAAACCUUCACUUUAAAAGAAUUAUCUUCUCCGGGCAAAUCCAAGCAUUGUCUAAAAAAGACUUAUGGUAACUCCGAAGUGAUGAGCUUUUUAGAAAAGAAAAGGAAGCCCAGCCGACCCAAUUUGCCCCCAAUAAGAAUUACUUUGAUCGGAACAAAAGGCGUCUCUUCUGGUUUAGAUUUAGCUAGUGCCUUUCCUGUUGUUCUUUCAUAUCGUGCCAGCUCACCAGAAAAAUUGGCCAGAAAGUUAAAUUCACUUUCAGGAUCUCAAACGAAGAAAUUCAUUUCAUGGCCAAAUCAGAUAGAGAUUUCUCAGAUAGAUAAACUUGCCAUGGUCUGUCCUUUUAUUGGAGAAGUUACUGGAAUUCAAAUAAGCCCUUUGAAGAAGGUGCCAGCUGAA